GAUUUUUUCCUGCUGUUAAAUGUCGCUAACGUACUGAGUUAGAAAUGAAAACAAGUGAAAAAUGCAAUCUUGACACAUAUAGCAUGAUUUAGUGCAGAUAAAGGACAUGCGUUUUGUUCAAUGUGUAGUCCUUAAACAGUUUAUGCAUAGAAUACUUGCAAUGCAUAUGUCUGAUUAAAUGAAAUUGUGCACCAUAGAUCAUGUUGCUAGCACGCUAGCCAGCUACCUACCCUACCCCAGCAUGCAUCUCGUUACUCCUUUGGUCGGCAGAUGGAAACAUGGCGUCGAUAAGUAAAUACUUGACAGCCAAGAACUCCUCUAUAGCAGGUGCCACAAUCGUUGCCUUGUAUCUUCUCAAGAGGAGAAGACAUGCAGCCCAAUUAAGUUGGGGGAAAAGAUCAUCAGAGCUACAGUUGAGCAAAGAUGAGGCCAAGCAGGAAAAGACGGUGGUGGACAAGGUGUUCUUUGCACGUGUCCUGAAGAUAGUGAAGAUCAUGGUUCCUGGAGUGUUCUGCAAAGAGUCAGGAUACUGUCUCCUCAUCGCUGCUAUGCUGGUGGCCAGAACCUACUGUGAUGUGUGGAUGAUCCAGAAUGGAACCAUGAUCGAGAGUGGAAUCAUUAGCAGAGAUGUCAAUCUCUUUAAGAAGCACUUUUAUUACUAUAUUGCUGCCAUACCAGGGAUCUCACUAGUCAACAACUUCCUGAAGCUGGGCCUGAAUGAACUGAAGCUCUGCUGCCGGGUUCGACUCACCAAGCACCUCUAUGACGAGUACCUGCAAGGUUACACAUACUAUAAGAUUGGUAACCUGGACAACCGCAUCGGUAACCCUGACCAGCUGCUGACCCAGGACGUGGAGAGGUUCUGUAACAGUGUGGUGGACCUCUACUCCAACGUCAGCAAGCCUUUAUUGGACAUUGGUCUGUACAUCUUCAAGUUGACCUCAGCCAUUGGUGCACAGGGUCCUGCCUGUAUGAUAGGAUACCUGAUGUUCUCUGGGCUCAUCCUGACACGUCUGCGGAGGCCCAUCGGGAAGAUGACGGUCAUGGAGCAGAGGUACGAGGGAGAGUACCGAUUCGUCAACUCUCGCCUUAUCACCAACAGUGAAGAGAUUGCCUUCUACAAUGGAAACCUGAGGGAGAAGCAGACCAUUCACUCUACCUUCCAGAAACUAGUGGACCAUUUACACAAUUUCAUUGUCUUCCGCUUUUCAACGGGUUUUGUGGACAGCAUCAUUGCUAAGUAUAUUGCCACUGUUGUCGGGUACCUGGUGGUGAGCAGGCCGUUCCUGAACCACACCCACCCACGCCACCUACACAGCACCCAUGCUGAGCUGCUCGAGGACUAUUACCAGAGUGGGCGUAUGUUGCUGAGCAUGUCUCAGGCCCUGGGCAGGAUCGUCCUGGCUGGCAGGGAGAUGAGCAGGCUCUCGGGGUUCACCGCUCGUAUCACCGAGAUCAUGAAGGUCCUGAAAGAGCUGAACUCUGGGAAAUACGAGAGGACCAUGGUCUCUCAGCAGGGAGGCAGAGAUAGUGAAUCGCUAGAUAGAAUCACCCUGGUCCCAGGAAGUGGUGAAAUCAUCAACAAAGACAAGAUCAUCAAGUUUGAGCAUACACCUCUUGCAACGCCUAAUGGGGACAUUCUUAUCAAAGACCUCAGCUUUGAGGUGACGUCGGGGACAAAUGUCUUGGUAUGUGGCCCCAACGGCUGUGGGAAGAGCUCACUCUUCAGAGUCCUGGGAGAGCUCUGGCCUCUGUUUGGUGGCCGUCUCACCAAACCUGAGAGAGGGAAGCUCUUCUACGUUCCCCAGAGGCCAUACAUGACCCUAGGCUCUCUGAGAGAUCAGGUGAUCUACCCAGAUACAGUGGAGGACCAGAGGAGGAAGGGGACCUCUGAUAAGGUGCUGAAGGAUUACCUGGACAACGUCCAGCUAGGUCACAUCCUGGAGCGGGAGGGAGGCUGGAACACGGUCCAGGACUGGAUGGACGUCCUCAGUGGAGGAGAGAAACAGAGGAUGGCUAUGGCCCGUCUGUUCUACCAUAAGCCCCAGUUUGCCAUCCUGGAUGAGUGCACCAGUGCUGUGAGUGUCGAUGUGGAGGACUUCAUCUACAGCCACUGUAGGACGGAUGAUCUCACAAGGAAAACACACAUCUUCUUUACAGGAACAAGGAACACAAGGUGGGCAUCACGCUGUUCACGGUUUCUCACAGGAAGUCUUUGUGGAAGCACCAUGAGUACUACCUGCACAUGGAUGGAAGGGGGAGCUAUGAGUUCAAACCCAUCACCCAGGAAACGGUGGAGUUUGGGUCAUAACGAUCUUACCAUAGCCAAGUAUUGCACACAGAGAUGGUCCUAAGUAAUUCUGCACUUCAUGAAGCAUAGAGCACAGAGGUCAAGUCCUAACAUCUUAAUGUUACGCUGGAGUAUGAAGACUGAGCGCUCUCUCAAUGUCAAGAGAGAAAUACCUAAACCUGUACAUUUAAAGGUAGGGUCUACAAUAUGGCAUCAUCAUACACAACACGGUACACUUCCUGCUUACAGAAAUAAUAAACAACUCAAUUUAAGUCUGCUGAGACCGACAGUAUUGGUUCUUCCUUAGGGCAGAUUUUGAAUUCUGUUGUUUAUGCCUGGAAACAGGAAGUUGCCCCGCUGUGUAUGAGGAUGUCAUAUUGCAGUCAACCAUUUACGGACGUGUGUGUCUGUACGGGUGAGUUUUAAUUGUAUAUGAAGCAAAUAAUGUACUAAAAAGCUAGCCUUACUGAUUUUGUUUCUCCCCUGAUUUUAUUUACGUUAAUGUUGCAUUGUUUUUAAUUAUUUAUAAUGUUCAGUUUUGAUGUUAAUGAAUUGAAAUGUCAGAGUUCCAUCUAGUGAUGUUUUUUUUAAAUGUUUGUCUAGUGCAGUUAGUUUAAACACUGAAGUGCAUUCUUCUUUCAUGAAGCCAGUUACUGUAACUGUAUUUUAAGCAUAGCUAGUCUGACUCAGUCAACUACAAUACCUGAAAAUGUAUUGUUUUUUUUUGUCUCCUAUAGUAAAAUCCCUCAGCUUAGGUUAAGGUACAGUAACUGAACUGUAAGUUGAGCUUUGAUUAUUUUGUUAAAAGGGGAUUGAGGACGUGGACUUUGUUUUCAUAGGAUAGUUCAAAUGCAAUUGCUAUGAGCUGAACUACACAUGAAUAUAUAUUUCUCGAAACAA